AAUUCAAAACAAAACAAAAUCAGUUUCAAAAUUUCAAAGUUUACUUUGUCUGUCUCCAUUCGCUGUCUUUAAAGGAGAAAUAUCGAUCCAAUAAAAAUGGAAUUCGGAGCGUCGUUUGCUUAUAGAAGAAUUGACGCCCACGUUGAAGCAACUCUUCAAGAAGCUGCUCAAGUUCUCGAAAAGUUGGUAAUUGAAAGAGAUGCCGAGUCGGCCAUAACGGUCGCAUCCCAAGGAACUCCAGAUGCAAUAAGUAUCACUCAAGCUGCUCAUGAAACCAUUUCAAUUGAUUCAAUUCUUCGAUCUUCGAAGCAACCAAAGGCUACCAUUCGUACUCCACGUGACUCUAACAAGAAUCGGAAAUUAACUUUCCCACCAGCCCGAAUUGGUUUCAAAUCCGAGCAAUUGGAAACUUGUGAUUCUGGAAUAACUGAUAGCACUAUUGACCAAGAUCCACCGACCCCGGACUCCUUGUUCCCAAGUGCCAUCUACAUUCCGGCAAAGCAGAAGCCUCAAAUGACCGUUUCAAUAAGUGCAACAACUGCUUCUUCUUGUUCCAACAAAUCGCUCUACCGUAAGCACAUUGAAAAACUAGCAAUUGAGCCAUUGGAGGACAUCAAACACUUGAAGUGCCGUGGACUGAAGAAGUCAAAGCCAGAUGACCUUUUUCCAAAAGCAACUUACGAUGCGGGAACUGGAAAACCUAAAAUGGCGUUGUCUCCGAGUUCAAUGGUGUCGGUCGACCUUUCAUAUGCAUCUACAACUGCUAAAUCCAAUAGUCUUGCCUAUCAACCAAUGGAGUUUGUUUCCUCUGAUGGACGCGUCAAGCUGUGGCUUCAGCCUCUUGAAAAGCAAAAGAAAAAAAAUAGUGAAAAGUCCAAAAAACGUGAACGAUGUAUUGAUGAUGCUCCAAUUCCUCCAAAACAAUUGCAAUCGAGUACCAAAUUGAACAUUGAGAAUCGCACAAAGUUUUCUACCAAUUUGUCAAUCGGUGAUCAUGUUAUUGAUUUGUCUGGAAUCUUAAAUGGGUCCAUGAAGAAGAAGAAUUUGGCAAAACUCGUCAUUAAUGGGCAGUCCUAUUCAAUUUGAGAAGUGGCAGUCUUAUUGAAAUUAAAUAUCCUAAUGAGUGAAAUGUGGUUGAUUGAGAGUUUUUUGAAUGAAUGGUUUGGAUGAUU